CUAUGUAUGUAAGAUUCUACAUCCACUCUCUUUCCUUUUCUCUUUUUCUGUACUUACACACACACUCACAGAGGGACGCACUUUUGUACCACCAUAUUAUAGGUUCACGCAUACAACACCUCAUUGCAGAUGAGAAAAUAGAGCUCUCGAAAAUCUUUGAGAUUUUCUCUACAAUGGUGGUCAAUUUUAGCCAAGAGAGCCAAGAAACAACGAAUGCUGCUGUAUUAUCUGAUAAAGGAGUCAUCACGGCACCCUGUGAAUCAUAUAUAAAUUUGCUUAGUCUUUCAAGUCCAAGUUCUGUGAAAAUUCCGUUUUCUAUGGAUGCCCUAUCAAGUUUCCAAAACAACGAUAACCUAAAGAAUGAUAGCGCAGAUGUUUAUUCCACAUAUAUUUUGAAUAUAGAUAUUGAGAAAGGAAAGCCCGAGGCUCUUCAAUCCACUGAAGAAAUGGGAGGAAAUGUGAUAACUGAGGAUUCUUUAGCUAUAAUGUUGCAGAAAGAAAUAACAUCGCAGAUGGGAGGAAAGCUCAUCCAGUUCCUAAUGAAUCACAACUUUGAGUUACCCAAGUUCACUAUUAAAGCAGGUCUGAUGAGAGGAAAGACUACUCAAUAAAUGAAGUUGCCAGUUAUAUUACAUAGAUAAAUGGGUGGCCGAUUAAAUCUAUGAUACUUCUAGCAACAGAGUGAGGAAAUACAAGCGCACUGCAUCAUCUAAUUCAAGAAGAGUUGUUCUCCUCUUCUCUGUACUAAACAUGCUCUCUGUGAGUUAAUAUGGGCUCUCCAAAUCUGGAACUUAUGCACAUUAGCUGUCUCUGUGUGUAUGUUUGAAUUGUGUGUAUUUAGAAUUUUGUGUGUUCCUAUUCUUACUCGGACUUCAUAUGUAACGUGUUUUGGUUCAUUUCUCUUUUCUUCCAGCUCAAGCGUGGGAACGGUUAUACUAAUAUUUCUGACUCUAAGAGUUAGAAUGAAUAUGAAUGGCUCUGGUGUUUGAUGUCUGCUUUUAUCGUCUUCCAGUCACCAUAGUUGUAAAAUAAAUCUUUCCUGGAAUUUUUGCUUUCUUUCUAAAUAUGUAUCAUUUUACAAUAUUCUCAAAUUGUAGGAAUUAGUUUAAAAUUUUCACGUACUUUGUACUUGUUAUGUCUAGAUGGCGAAGUGUGACAUAGGUAAGUAGGUGACCUUGGCCGGAUCAUAGUUCAUAAUCCCAAGUUGUAGCCUGCAGGAGAGUUUAUUCCUUUCCAGCACGGGGAAUCGGUGUCCUUCUCCCUAAUAAAGAUCCAGUUGUUUCGCAAGAGUCUACUGUCCAUUGUAUUAAACUGUGAUUACAAAUUUCGAAAUGCAUUUUGAGCUGGAUUUUUUUCGUUUA